UGAACCUCUCGGUUCUCUCCGGUCUUGGUUCUCGAUUGGUUUAUGAAAAGUUAACCUGACGUGGACAUUAUUGUCUUCCGCAUUCGUUCGUCAACCGUUCUCCUUUCCCUCACAAAACAUUCACGUCAUGGGAAGAUACCACACACCUAUGUACCAAUAGAGCGCUUUUUUGAAGUUUAAAAAAAUUAUUGAUCGUUCAGUGAAGUGAUAUAAAAUUUGUUGGUUUCUAAUUGCAAAUUUUUUCGAGCACCUUUUAGUUUUUGGAGGUUCUUGUAUUCAGGAGCAUGCGACCUCUAAUUUUAUUUGGCCUGCUGAUUUUGGCUGUGCAACAAUCGGUUGCUCCACCUGUCACUAAGGAAAAAUCAGAGUCCGAAGAUGGUAAAAAAGAUGAGAAUUCUAACUAUGAAGAUGAUGGGAUGGACAAAGUCCUGUAUUCUAGAUAUUUAAAGGAAGUCCUUGAAGUUCUUGAAGGUGAUGAGGAUUUCAGAGCUAAACUUCAGAAUGCUACCGAAGAAGAGAUCAGAUCGGGUGAUAUAGCCAAAGGACUUGAUUUUAUGCAUCAUGGAUUGAGAACACGGCUCGAUGAGAUAAAAAGAAACGAAUUAGUACGUUUGCGUAGAAGUGCCACUAGACAGUAUGAGAUAGAGCAAGGUAUCGAUUUAGACCAUCCGAUAGGUUAUGAGCAUUUGGAUCACAAGAAUUUGGAAACUUUUGAAGUAAAUGAUCUUAAAAAGUUAAUUCAGAAGACAACGGCGGAUUUAAAUGAAGCAGACAAAAAAAGACGUGAAGAGUUCAAGGAAUAUGAGAUGCAGAAAAAGUUUGAGGAGGAUGAGAAAAAACAGAAAAUGAACGAAGAAGAAAAGAAAAAAUAUGAAGAGCAGCUCAAAGCGUUACAGGAAAAACAUAAAAAACAUAAGCCGCUUCAUCAUCCCGGAAGUAAACAACAGUACGAAGAAGUUUGGGAAAAACAAGAUCACAUGGAAGAUCAAAAGCUCAACCUAAAAACCUUUUUCAGACUCCAUGAUCUUGAUGGAAAUGGGGUUUGGGAUCCUGUCGAAGUAGACACCUUAUUCAUCAAGGAGCUCGACAAGAUUUAUGCUCAAGGUGUUCCCGAUACCGACACACGGGAGCGUGCAGAAGAAAGGGAAAGAAUGAGAGAACACGUAUUCAGUGAAGUAGAUUUAAACAAAGAUGGCCUUAUCAGCUACGAUGAAUUCAUCGAACAAUCAAAAUCGUCGGAUUUUGAAAAGGACGAGGAAUGGAAACCACUGAACGAACAACAGAUUUACACAGAAGAAGAUUAUAUGCAAUAUAGGAAACAUCAGCUGGAGGAAAUGCAAAGAAGAAUCCCACCACCUGGUUACGGUAGUUACGAUCCUGGGCAUCACCAGCAGUUUGCACCGCAGUACGCCGGCGUGGCACAGCAUCCGCCGGGUCAGCAGAUCCAAUAUCAAGGCCAACUGCCGCAGUACCAAGGUCAAGUUCCCCAGUAUCAGCAUGAUAUUCCUCAGUACCAAGGAUACCAGCCGCAAGUACCGCAGUAUCAAGGUCAUCCGGCACAGGGACAAAUGCUUCCGGAUAAUUAUCAACAAGUACCCCAACAUGCUCAAAUACCUCAGCAUCAAGUAGCACAAGAUCAAAUCCACCAACAAGUACCGCAACAAGGUCAAAUCCAUCAACAAGUACCGCAACAAGGUCAAAUUCAUCAACAAGCUCCUCACCAAGGACAAAUCCAUCAACAAGUACCGCAACAAGCUCAGAACCAUCAGCAAGUAACGCAACAAGUUCAAAACCAUCAACAAGUACCGCAACAAGGUCAAGGCCAGCAGCAAGUACCGCAACAAGGUCAUCAACAACAGCAACAGGUUCAACAAAAUAAAAAUACUCAGCCUUCAGGAAACGAAAUUCCUCAGAGUCCACCUGACGUUGCGCCUUCCGACAAAGCAUCGAAACCAUAAGAAAAUACUGGUACUAGCUUAAAAAUUCUGAACGCAUGAGAACAAAAAGAAGCAAGAAACAUGUGGAGAUCGUCAAGUCUUACAUUCGUCCCGUACUGGAAUGUACGUUUUCGUUUGCGUCCAUUUGCCAGUAUAAACUCUUAUAAAGGUUGACACACCGAAAGAAUUGAAGAAAGAAAUUUGAAGAAACCGAGGAAUUGGAAAGUUAAACAAAAUAUGAUAUUAAAAAUCGUAGAGAUGAAAAUAAUUGACGAAAUUCGUAUAAUUAAUUCGAUUUGAUUUAAAUUUUUCAUAGAAUUUUUGGUUAUUUCGAAUAUUUUUCGAAAUAUUUGGAGUAUUUGAUUUUUAAUACAGCUUCACAUAUACGAGACAAAGAAAUUUGUGGAGUUGCCAAAUUUUUAUGUAAGAACCAAUCAAUAAUGUAAGAACUCAAUAGUAGUUAAUAAUUUAUAUAAAAAUUUUAAAGAAAUUUUGCCAAGCUCUGGUAAGCGUUAUUGAAAAACUCAUUUUCAAGUUCUUUCGGUGUCAGUAUAACUGUACGUGUUUUUAUUCCACAUUACUCGAAUUAUGUUAAGUUUAUCAAUAUUCCACCUGUCCUCAAGUUUUGGUGUUUCGUGUAUUGACAAAUAAUUGAAGACUUGUUUUAUGAGAGUUAAGAUGUUUAUCGCUCCGAGUUUCAACAUUUUUCCUACUAGGUCUGUGAAAUUGUGAAUGAAGAAUGAAGAUUAAUAAAAACAAAAUUUUCAACGA